AAGAGCCAUCCCCCACCCAGACUACAAUUCUGAAACGUUGCUCAAUGACAUCAUGUUACUGCAGCUGGAAAGGAAGGCCAACCUGAAUGCCUAUGUGAGCCGCCUCAUGCUGCCCAAGAGGACCACAUGGGUGAGGCCACGGAUGGUGUGCAGUGUGGCCGGCUGGGGGAGACUCAGCGUGAACAGACUCCCUGGGGCAGAGAAACUGCAGGAAGUAGAGCUGGAAAUCCAGAAGGACGAGCUAUGCAUCUACAUCUACACAAACCCGUAUGACAGCACCACCCAGAUAUGUGCAGGGGACCCAAAACAGUGGAAGGCUUCUUUUAAGGGAGAUUCCGGAGGCCCCCUUGUGUGCAACAACGUGGCCCAGGGCAUUGUCUCCUUUGGGAACAAGAACGGGAGUCCCCCAGGAGUCUACACCAGGAUUUCAAGCUUUAUGCCCUGGAUAGAAAACACGAUGAGACACUUCAGCCUGCAGGGACCAGACUGAGACACCCCAAGGAUCACUCCAUCCACCUUCUCUGGGGCAGAGGCCAGAACUGCACUGGCCAAAGUGGGUGGAGAGAAGGCUUCCAGGGAUUUAAUAAACUUCUGUCUCUAGUGCAAA